AGAGGAAGGGUGCAAAAAAAAAAAAUACAGAAGAGAGCGAGAGCGAAGAUGGCGGACGCUCAGCCCCUAAUGACAAAUGAUAUCCCACUGUCAUUCAUCGAAGUUCACGAGUCAGAUCGCAAAGUUCUCCACGACCAGAACGCAUUUUUGUGUCUAUUCGCGGAAAAGAAUGUCGAGACGAAGUAUGGUGAUGUGCGAGUCUCGAUGCAAGGCACCGAGGGCAAACCUGCAAUCGUCACAUUUCACGAUAUCGGGCAAAAUCAUACCUCCGCUUUCCUCGGGUUUUUCAAUUUUGUCGACGUGCAGCCCCUUCUGGAGCACUUCUGCAUCUACCACAUAGACGCCCCGGGACAAGAAAACUGCGAAAAACAGCUGCCUGAAACUUUUGUUUAUCCUACGAUGGAGGAGCUUGCCGAUUUCGUUGUUCACGAAGUCGUAAAGCAACUCUCCAUUUCUCGGUUUAUUGGCCUAGGGGUGGGCGCGGGCGCGAAUGUGCUCUGCCGCUAUGGCUUGAUGUAUCCAGAUUUUGUUGAUGCUUUGGUCUUGGUGAAUUUGUCCGUUGGAAAGUCUGGAUGGAUAGAGUGGGGAUACCAAAAGGUGUGUGUGCGGCAGCUCCAUAACAAGGGGCUCACUACUUUUGUCGAGGAUUACUUACUUUGGCACCACUUUGGAGAGAAAACAAAGGAGGAAAACUUGGAUUUGUCUUCAGCUUACAAAGAUAGCCUCAGGUCACUCCUAAACCCACACAAUCUGGCCCUCUUUAUCAACUCUUACAUCACACGCACAAAUAUUGACAUUGUCCGACCAGUAGAGGGAGGUCCCAACCCACGAUCCCUAAAGUGCCCCACCCUGCUGGUAACAGGGACGUUUUCCCCCCAUGGCGACGAUGUGGUGGAGAGCAACAGUCGAUUGGAUCCCAAGAUAUCAGAGUACAUGAAAGUGUCAGACUGCGGUGGAAUGCCACUAGAGGAGCAACCUGCUAAAGUGGCACAAGCACUGAUAUUGUUUCUUCAGGGGAAUGGCUAUGUCCAGCGGCUGAGGGCUUGCAGUACAAGAGGCUUAUCGAGCACAGCAAGUAGCAGCCAAACAAGUUUACAGAGUCUGUCUUCAGGGUCACCCGCCAGAAGCUCUCAGAGUCUUUCUACCGACUCUCCUGCCAAAACAAACCUGGGGCCUGUGGCAUGCUGAACUGAAUAGAGAAAACACAGAAAAGAUGGAUGAAUUGUCAUGACCCAUCUUCAGAAAAUGGUGUAUACAUUUUUUCCUUGAAUUUUUCUUUGAUUGUCACUUCUCAAGGUGGCGUGAUCCCUGAUUGUUUACAGGGCUAAAUUUAAACAUUUUUAUCAUCUUUCUCUAGGCUAUAAGGUUUGUUUUGAGAAUUUCCUAUCUUACCCAAACAGUAUUUGAGGGUAUCGUGGGUGGUCAAAUGAUCUCAGUUAAAUUAUACAACACUUGAACAUUGAUACAGAACUUGUCAAACGCUAUUGUAAUCCACUGUUAUAUCAAGGGUGCUUUCUAACUCCAUUGUUUUGAAAAACUACAAAUUAUUGAAAGCAAUAAGGAGAAUUUUUCAGUCAAAAAAAUUAAUACCUUAUUAUUAACUCUUUACAAAAGCGUAUAAUUGUAAUCAUAUAUAAUGUACAAUUUAUCAAUGUCGUAAUUCGAAUCAGUACUUGUAAAAUAUUGCAAAUCUCAAUAUUUUAUUCUUACUAUUCAGUGUUGAUAAAAAGGAUUGAAUAAAGAGGGCUGACUUGGC